AUGGCAAGCUACAGCCAUCGCGACUCCUUGAGGGAUCCUUAUGGUCCGAAUGGGUAUUUUCCUUCGCACCAACUCUCGAUGAGCAUGCCAGAGGCUUCAUCUGGCCUGCUGAUCACGAUGCCGACGACGACCGCGUUAUGUGAACCCGACAGUCCAACGUACAGCAACAGUUUCUGUACUCCUCGCACGAUUGCACCCAAUCCAGGUUACAUGCUCGCGCCUCCCAUUCAUGGAUACCACUCAGAAGAAGCGUACGCCGUCACUGGCCACUCGGCCAGUGCAAGGGGUCGAAGCUGGAGCGGAGCGAGCACAGUCAGCGUGGACUACAGUGUUGCCAGCCAGGAGUCAAAGCCUAGGUCACCCUACUCUUUCAUCGAACCCGGUGGUCAGUAUCGGGUGAUAGACAACAGCCGAGGCCAUCAUACUGGGGGCCGGGCAUUGCACUCCCACCAAGAAUCAUCUCGGGUUCAGGAGAAUCAAGAGCUUGUGCCAAAACAAGAAGGCGAGGGGAGCAUCAAGACUCUUGCUGACCACCGGACGUACUGUCCGCAUGAAGACUGCUUGGGUGAAGACGGAAGCCCCAAGAGGUUUUUCAGCCGCAAAGCGGAUGUGACCAGGCACUACAGGUCUCGACACGACAUCAAGUACAUUGAUUGUCCCAAGAGAAACUGCGAGAGAAAGGGCAGUCAAGGCUUCACGAGGCGAGACCACCUGACAGAACACCUUAGAGGAUUCCACAUGGAAAAAAUCGCAAAGAGACAGAUGGCUAAUACCAAGUUCAAGCGAGGCGAGAAGCAGGCGAGCGAGGACAGCAACGGGUCCAACAGCUCGUCUGACGGUCUCAGUCCGCCCGACCAUGGCGACGAGAGCUUUCGCUUCGGCUCUGGCAAGCAAAGCAUGGCACAACACAUUGACCAAGGUAUCAAACAGGAGCCUCUGCCAUCGUCUGAUGAAGAAGGCGAGGAUAUCUUCCCACUACCCGCGUAUGAAGACUAUCUUUCUGAGAAGCCGACGUGGUCCAACCAGAGCAAGGCCCCGGUCGCACAGGAUCAUCAUCCACUGCCCAUGAGACAAAGCAACAUGCCAUCUCAACACGCUGCGGGAAGUGGAACAGCUCGAACAAACCCUCACGGCCUGACUUUCCAACCCAAAUUCGCGACAUCUCGAAUGAUAUCCGCCUCGUCGGCAUACACGACGCACCACCACCCGCAUCAACACCAACACCAAGUUUACAGCAGCAGGAGCAGCAGCAGGAGCAGCAUGAUGACGCCUCUCUACGCCACCACCUCAGGGAUGGAUGCGAUCUAUGCUCCUUCGUCAAUGACCCAGCCCUAUAGUGACCUUCCAAGCCAGCCAAUCGUUCGUUACCGACACGAGAGUUACCAACUCGGGUCUCUCGACGACUCCGAUUUCGUACCCAUCCAAGAGUGA